AUGAGCCGGGGGGGGCGGCAGGGGGGGGACAACGUCCCCUCGGAGCUGCUGCGGGAGCAGGAGAACCUGCGGAUCUUCGAGCUGCUGGGCAGGAAAUGNNAGACCCUGGUGACCGCCGUGGUCCAGCUGGUGGUGGCCGAGCCCGGGGGGGUCCCCGGGGGUCCCGGGGGGGUCCCGGGGGGCUCCUGGAGCCUCCGGGGCUGCGGCGUCGCCUGCCUGGUCCGGGACAGCCCCCGGCGCUCCUACUUCAUCCGCAUCUUCCGCCUGCCCGCCGGGGAGCUGUGGUGGGAGCAGGAGCUGCAGGGGGGGAUGGGCUACAAGACCCCCACCCCCUUUUUCCACACCUUCGUCAGCCACGAGGGGUGGGCGGGGCUGAACUUCGCCUCCGAGGCCGAGGCCGCCGCCUUUGAGGGCCGGGUCCAGGAGAGGCUGCGGCGGCGGCAGCAGCGGGGCGGCCCCCCCAUCCCGGCCACGCCCAUCCCCAACCCCGACAUCACCCCCAGCCGGUACCGGGGGCUGCCCAGCCCCCCCUCGGGACCCUCCCCCACCUCGGGACCCCCGCCCGCCCCCGGGGCCCCCCCUGGCCAGCGGAAAAAGGGGAGGGGGCGCAAGAAAAUCUCCAAGGCCGAUAUCGGGGUCCCCUCCGGAUUCAAGCACGUCGGUCACAUCGGGUGGGACCCCAGUGGUGGCUUCGAUCUGGCCGCCCUGGACCCCGCCCUGUGGUCCCUCUUCGCCCAGGCCGGGGUCAGCGAGCGCCACUUGGCCGACGCCGAGACCUCGCGCCUGAUCCACGACUUCAUCGAGCGCCAGGGCGGGCUGCAGGCCGUGCGCGAGGAGAUGUGGCGCCAGGGAGUCACGUGA